UGACUGCUAUAAAAAUAGAUCCUUAUAUGAAUAUCGAUGCAGGGACUAUGAGUCCUAUCGAACAUGGGGAGGUUUUUGUAUUAAAUGAUGGUGGAGAAGUUGAUCUUGAUUUAGGCAACUAUGAACGUUUUCUGGACGUAACUCUUACCAAAGAUAAUAAUAUUACCACAGGAAAAAUUUAUCAACAAGUUAUCCAGAAGGAGGUUCCGCAUAUUACUGAUGCAAUUCAAGAAUGGAUUGAACGUGUAGCUAUGAUAUCAGUCGAUCACAGCGGUGAAAAACCCGAUGUUUGCAUCAUCGAACUUGGUGGUACCGUUGGUGACAUAGAAUCCGCACCAUUUAUAGAAGCCAUGCGUCAAUUUCAAUUUCGAGUGGGACAUGAAAAUUUUGCUUUGGCACAUGUUUCGUUGGUACCUAUCAUCGGACCAGUCGGAGAACAAAAGACCAAACCUACUCAGACCACCAUCAGAGAAUUGAGGGCUUUGGGUUUAUCUCCGGACUUGGUUGGUAACGGCGCAAUGAUUCAAGAAUCGAAAACUAAUACUAAAGAAGCAUCCGAAUUAGAACAUAAGUAUGAAAAGAUAAAUCCUGAAAAGUAUCGCGAAGCUUGGAAUCUCUUGUCUUCUGCUAAUGGUAUUUUAGUUCCUGGAGGAUUUGGGAAUCGGGGAACGGAGGGUAAAAUUGCUGCAGCAAAAUGGGCACGAGAAAAAAAGAUUCCGUAUUUAGAAGAAUUCGAACCAUAUGCUACGCAUAAGAUUGUAAUCAAUAUGCCUGAAGUGUCCCUUAUUCAUCUUGGAGGAACUAUGAGAUUAGGCAUGCGAUCCACUAUAUUCCAAGACGGCAAGCUUUACGAGGCCUCCAAUUUCAUUGCUGUUGGUACAAAAUACAUUGAUGAACGUCAUAGACAUAGAUAUGAAGUGAACCCAGAAUAUAUAUCGGCUUUAGAAAAAAAAGGAAUGCACUUUGUAGGUCGUGAUGAGACCGGCAAAAGAAUGGAAAUUAUGGAAUUAAAAGAAGAAGCACCAAUACCGCUACUUUGUGGUGAUGCGUUCAUUUCUGAAUUAUUUUCGAUGGGUAUCCCGGAUUUCAUAUCCCUUACUGUAUUUUCCAACACUAAAUUGUGA